CAAAUUUCCAGCCGAAUUGUCACUGCUUUUUCAAUUUCAUGUUUUUAGGCCACCUAUAAACUAUGAUAUAAAAACUACCAUCACGACAACGUUCCUGCUCUAAGAUAGAAGAGGUUAAUCAAGUUUGGUAUGGCGCAGAUGCUAGGCCCAAAUAUUCCUUAUUACCUGUUAUUUUUUUAUAAUUAUGACCUCUUCCCUUCCUAGUAAUUGUGAUUUCAGCGUUGAACAGGCAAAAUCAGGCAUGUUGGCAGUCCCAGACAAUGUAGAAUUCUUACCGCUUGCCGGGGUUUCGAACCCUAAACUCACUGCUCCAAUCUUGGAACUGUAACCACUGGGCCACUCUGCCCUUCUAGCUGAUGGUUGUGUAGGUUGAAUAUAAGUUACCAUGAACAGGUUGUGUGUAGCGAGGUCAUGUUGGUUGAAUGCACUCUACCAGAUGCAGAUUACGCUUUGAAUUUUCCUCCCAAAAACAUCCUCUGAAGUGUUGGAGGUUAUCUUUUCCUCGUACAAAUCUUAUACAAGCAAACGCUUUUUGAUUUAAAGGUCCGAUAUUUGGUAUUAUAUUUUGAAAUGUUCAAAUCAAAUAGGACACAAUGAAACAGUUAGUGCUCCUACAACGCAUAAUACAAUUUAUUGCAAUCCCAAAAGUUGAGAAUAUCUAAACAUUAUGAAUUUCCCGAGGCCUUUCUUUCAAAAGUCACUCGAGUACACAUAGGAGAUUUCUUGUCUGUGAUUGGUUCGUUUAGCUGGAAAAGUUUUUAGUGAUUAGCUAUCAGAGUUACGAUUUUUUGGAUAUUAUUUUGGUUUGUACGGCCCUGAGUUGAAACUGGUACCUGACGAUGGCCAAAUGGACAGGCAAGAGGACGGGCGUGACUUUCAACAAACCUGCGGAGCCGUCGUUCCUGAAAGAGUUCAAGAAGAAGGCAGGAUACAAGGAGGAUACUCGACUUGAGGAUAAGUUCGCCGAGCAGCCCGCGGCCACCGCAGAGGACCUCGCUGACGGCGAAGAAGAUCUGCCACAGGUGGUCAGCUGCGGCAGGAGCCUCUCUGCAGCAGAAUGUGCGCAGCUGCAAGAGGACGGCCGCCUGCAGCAACUGCUUGCUUCAGGCUCUGCGCCUGCGUCUACUGAACAAGAUGAGUCGGCCACACCCGUGUUCCGGCAGCCAUCCAAGAAGCGGGGGGCGAAUGACGGUCCCGCAAGUGUGGAAGACAAAGCCAGUCACGACGAGAAACUUAAGAAGAAGAAGAGGAAGAAAAUGGAAGCGGAAAAGCAAAAAAAGCUCCUGUCUUUUGAUGAAGACCAAGAUUCCGAAUGAAGAUCUUUCAUGGUCCUAUAAUUUAAUUCAAGCAUAUAAGAUAGCAUAUAAAAGAUAAGUAGUAUAAGUAAACUAAAGUGAUUGUCAACUAGUUUCAUUAUCUGUAAAUCUAUAUUGUCGCCGUAAAGUGAUCCAAGGAAGAUAAGCUGUGAAUUUCUAUUAUAAAAUAAAACAAAAUUUGUCGAGAUUGUUCCCAGUAUUACAGAACGUUCCUUGUUAGGUUACGCAAUUUGCUUUGUCGGUAAUUCAUAUAAAUUUUAGGCAAUAAUAAAAUAGAAAUGAACAA